GCGGCUCAACCAUCACUAGGGUAGGAGGGCUCUGAGGCUGGCAGUCUCACCCGGCCCGCUGCCUGGGACGCGCGCGCUGGACGUCUCGCAGUGCCAGCCUCGUUUUCUCUUCGCGAUCACUUCGCCUUCAGGAAUGGGAGCCCAACAGUCGGGUAGUGGACGGGAAGCAGGGCCUGGCAGUGCUACAAUCUGUCUGUAGUGCUCGUUAUGUGCUAGUUAAUGAGUAAGAUGAAUGAAAACGCUGAGUAAAUGUACCUCAUCCCCACCCCUGUCCUCCGCCUCUUCUCGCCCUGAAGUUUACUGUGCGUUGGAAAUUUGUGCUGCGGGUCAAGAAACCGCCAUGACCCGCUGAUUGUGGCGCACGAGUGUUGUGGUGUGUUGUGCCGCCCCGCUGCCGCCGCCGCCGCCGCUAUGGAGGGGCACGCGCUGUCCCUCACACUGCUGCUGCUCCUCGCCUCGCCGCCCUCGGCCCACUUCCUCGAGAUUAAGAAGAUUACGGCGGUGGAGGGCGGAGAGGCGGCGCUCCCCUGUGACUUCGAGCAUCCACCCAAUGACACGGUGUUCCUCAUCCUCUGGUUCAACGGAAACCUCACCACGCCCAUAUACAACUAUGACCUGCGGCCGGGGACGGGGGGUAACCACUGGGUGGACGAGACAGUGCUGGGGACACGAGCCACCUUGGACGUGUCUGCCAGUCCGGCGCGCCUCCUCCUCCGCGACGUGCAUGCGCGGGACAGCGGCUACUACAGGUGUCGAGUGGACUUCCGCUACCAGCCCACCAAAACCACCCGCGUCAGCCUCUACGUUAUUGUGCCGCCCCGGAAUGUGUGGGUGGUGUCGGAGGGCAGGACGGUGACCAGCGUGGUUGGACCUUACCGGGAGAAGGACUACGCCACGCUCACCUGUCUGGCCAGAGGGGGAUCUCCGCCCCCACGCAUCCUUUGGUACUUUGGGGAUCGUCUCAUUGAUAGUCAGAUGGACGAAGACCCAACAGACAAUAUGCUCCGGCCGGGACCCACCAACACGCUUCUUCAGGGGUCUCACACGGAGCCUGCUCGCGCUAAUACGCUCACUUUGGGGCCCUUCACCCGCAGUGACCUCAAACGGCUGGUGACGUGUGAGGUUACCAACACCAACCUCACCUCACAUCUCAGCGCUGCCGUUAUGAUCGAUAUGAACCUGGAGCCCUUGAGUGUACGACUGCUAGCACCGGACGAGCCUCUAAGUUACGGUCGAGAGUACGAGGUGGUGUGUGACGUGAGGGGUUCAAGGCCGCCUCCUACUAUCACAUGGUGGAAAGGAACAUCACGCGUCCAGGGAGCGAGGGAGACGACGACGAGUGACGGCAACGUGACUACCUCCACCCUUACCCUGAAGCCAGAGCCACCUGACGACGGCACAAGCGUUACCUGUCGAGCAGAGAACCCAGCCACCGAGACCGUGCUGGAGCAGUCCCUGGCGCUGGUGGUGUAUUACGUGCCCGAAGCCAGAGCCAAGCUGGGCACCUCCCUGCAGGCGGGCAAGAUCAAGGAGGGCGAUGAUGUGUACUUCGAAUGCACAAUACAGGCCAACCCGAGGGCGUACAAGGUUAUCUGGCAGCACAACGGUCAGCUCCUGCAGCAUAACAUCACGGCGGGAAUCAUCGUCAGCAACCAGAGCCUCGUGCUGCAGAAGGUGUCCAGGAGGCACGGGGGUCGCUACUCCUGUUCCGCCUCCAACAUUGAAGGGGACGGCGUGUCUGAGGCUGUCACUUUGGACAUCAAGUAUGCUCCCGUGUGCUCGCCCGGCCAGAUAACUACGUACGGUGUGGCGCGAAACGAGGACGCAGAGGUGACGUGUCGAGUAGCGGCCAACCCCACAGCCACGGGUUUCAAGUGGACCUUCAACAACACUGCGGACACCAUUGACGUGCCGCACGGACGCUUCACCUCAGAGCCUACCUACAGCAUCAUCACCUACACGCCAGUCACGGAGCUCGACUACGGCACACUGCUUUGCUGGGCGGAGAAUAUCAUUGGGACGCAGAAACAACCGUGUCUCUUCCACAUUGUUCCUGCGGGAAAGCCGGAUCCUCCAGCCAAUUGCUCCGUGAUGAACCAGACGGCGACGGGAUUCACGGUAGCUUGUCAGGAGGGCUUCGACGGAGGCCUCAGACAAGUGUUUAUGCUACGGGUGGCGCGUCCAGGAACCCAAGGACGCAAUCUUACCGCUGGCACCCCAGUCUUCCAGGUAGGGCAGCUGGAACCGGACACCACGUAUCGUCUACAGGUGUGGGCUGCUAAUGAUAAGGGCGUGAGUCCCACCGUCCACCUCCCUGCCUUCACCACCCACCCACCCACCCACCAGCACACCGCCCAUGUUGUGGCGGAGGUGAGGGAAGGACACAGUGACGGCGGCGAUGGUGGUGGCGGCCUGUCUACUUCCAGCGUGACAGGAGGCAGUGGAGGAGGCGGCUCGGGUCUGCUCGGGGAGGGGUCUGCGGGAGUGAGGACGUUAGUGUCUGUGGUGGUGGGGGCGUCGGUGGGCGUGGUGCUGCUCCUACUACUACUCGCGUUGUUGCUUCGUCGCCGCGUGAGUCGUCGCCAACACACUCCACGCAAACCCUCACCAGAGCCAGUCAUCCCGCCCACCACUACUCCGCCGCCCGGGAUCAAGGCCACUCACCAUCCGCCCGCCCACGCCUGCGCCCACAGAGAUAUGCAGGUGGAGGGCGAGGCCGAGGUGGACCCAGACCUCAUCCCGCAGCCGCUGGUACACGCCUCCCUCUCGCCCUCGGGUCCACUGCUGCAGCCGCCUGCCAACUAUGGCGGGGGCGGCGACCCUUCCUACCGUGAGGUGGUGGUGGCGGCGGGUGGCGGAGGCGGGGGAGGGGGCGGGGCCGUGCAUCACCAGCUUCUACCAGCUUACCCCGCCCACACCCUCACGCCAACACCCUCUACCUCAGCCCCACACCAUCACCACCAACAGCAGCUACAACAGAAACUACAGCAGCAGCAGCAGCAGCAGCAGCAUUUACAGCAACAACAGCUCCAACAGCACCUGUUACCACAACAAAAACUGCAACAGCAACAACAGCAACAGCAGCAGCAGCAGCAGCAAGCAACGACGCAGCAGCAGCAGCAACAACACUACCAUCAACAUCACCACCCUUCUAAGGACCCGCAGUACGCACACCUCAACCUGGAGCCGGGCCGUCAGGUGAGUCCCAGCGGCGCCCCCAGGUCCCGAGGGGUGCCCACCGUGUACGCCACGCUGGACACCCGGCGGCCACACUCCCACGUCACCUUUGACCUCCGGCAGUCCCACAGUCAAGCCAGCUUAGGUCAUGAGCUUGGAUACGGCGAGGACUCUAUUCACGACCUGGCGUACCAGCACAUCUCGCACGACACAGGACGACCUUUGUUGGCCGAGGACCCCACGCCGGCUCUCGUGGCCAAGAGGGAGAGCUCUGUUUGAUACGUGAACGACCCUUAGUGAAUUACUUGAACUGACCUCCCAACGCGGGUCGCCCUUCCAUGUCUCCGAUGAUCUACCCCGCACUCCUCGGCCUUUUGAGAGGUGGCCCGUGACUCCCUUCCUCUUGUUGUGACCUCUCCAACUCUUGAAAAUGUGACGUGCCCUCCCUGCCGUGAGCCCUAAUUCCUCCCAAAGAAAGCUGGUGGAGACUUUUUAUCUCCAUAAAAGUGGUGACUUGUGAAGCCCCGCCCGCCUGGACAACUGUCACCGCGGCUGCCUCCCUACCCGGCCUGCCGUGGACGUGUGUCUCCCCUCGCCUUCUCGUACCAUCAAAGCGAGCACGACCUCCUAACAUAGUGUGUAAAGGUCUCCCGGCACUAUGAACUCCUAUGACUCGGCUUCUGAGGAGCCUCCAAACCCUCAUCAAAGCUAAAAUGAAGCCCAUAAUGCUUCUAUAAUCACACCCUCUGACCCUCUUAUCUGUCAGUGGCAGCUUCGAGGGCAGGGGGAGGAAUGACGGCCUGCCAACUUCCUAUAGGAGGAAAAGAGACGCUAACGCUCGCGAUGACGUCACUCCUCGUCCAUUUAUAUACUAGAGUGAUUGAUUGAUUGAAGGGACAGGACAGCAUUAUGGUACUACCGCUCCCCGCCACCAGGUGAUGUGUUAUGACUACACGGCAGACAGAAGACUGAAGCUAAAAGGUCGAAGGUUCCAAGGUUGUAUCGAGGGGAGCGGAUGUACGUAUCAUGAGGCUAGACACCACGCCACGCCCGCCACACACCUGCCCGCUGCUCCGUGACACGUUCUCUUAUCGGCAAUUGACAAAUGGAUUGCAGAGAAUGAGGUCCCUCGACAUAACAUGGACAUUAAGAGUAACUGAAGAGGAAAAAAAUGUUACCUGCAAAUUAACAAGGGACCAUAAACAAAGACUAACAAGUAAAAAACAUGUGUAGAACUGAAAUGACGUUUUGCUGAACACAAUAUCGACCUGAAAGAGAAACUGCAGAACACUAAAGGGAAAAAAAAACAAGAGGUGCAAAAUAACGUAAGAAGAAAACAAAACAAAAAACAAGCGAGUAACAUGCAAGAAACACAAAGCAUCAAAUAAUUACGCUUUACCGGACAAAAGACAUCAGAAAACAAAUGAAUGAAAGGCAUUACAGGGGACACGUGAGGGACAGUACUUUCCUUAGGAGGAUGAAAGGAAAAUCUACUUACACAUAUGUUACGUGAAGCACCUUAGGAUCUUACACGAGCCCUGAGGAGACUUACUGGUAUUAUUCCGAGCAUUACACACACACACACACACACACACACACACACACACACACACACACACACACACACACACACACACACACACAAAGGGAGAACAAGCUGAAAGAAUUACGUAUCUUAAUUUCCAUCUAGCGUGCGUGUAGUUGUGGAGAGAGAGAGAGAGAGAGAGAGAGAGAGAGAGAGAGAGAGAGAGAGAGAGAGAGAGAGAGAGAGAGAGAGAGAGAGAGAGA